AUUUUUUUCAAGUAAAAAUCUUUUGAAACGGCCGUAUGUAUAUGCAAGAACACGGUGUGGCCGCGUGUUUAGAAGAAGCGAACAAAACGGAAAUCACAAAACGAAAUACAAAUAGAAUCGAGAAAUCAAGUUGUAUAUAGAAGAAAAGAAAUUAUACGGCACGUACGCGUACUCUCGUAAUCAUUGAUUACGCCUACAAUUAGUAUAUAUACGAGCGAAUCGAUUAGCUGUAAGAAAAACUGGAAAAUCGUACUGUAAUCUAAAAUCUCUGAGCUGCUAAGCACUAUUGUAGGUAAACUCAAGAUUCUGCGAAGCUUCAAGAUCAACACACAUUCAAAAAUUCGGUAUAGACUUUUUCCAGCACUUUUGGCAUUUUAUUUCUGGUCCAUUUGAUUUCUCUUUCAUUAAAAAGAUAUUUUGUUCAACUAUAAUUAUUUGUUUGUUGUGAGCGCCCAUUAAAAUGCCAAGUUCAAAGGGCACCGAAGGCGGCGCGUCUAAACAAAUAACCCGUUAAACUGUCCAACUCAAGGAUUAAUGAGAGAACAAUGAGUACUGCCUUUCAAUUGAGUGAACUCUCGCUCAAUUGAGCGCAAUUGAUUAACAGAUUAAGAUUCCAUCCAGCGAGAGCGUAAGAUGCUCUCCACUAUAAUUAUUUUCGUAUUAAUGCUGGGAGUGCCCAGCAUAAGUGGAAUAUUUAUUAUCAAUUGGAAAUGAAAAUAUUCCAAUUAGGUGCGAGUGUAAUUAGUUCAAGGUCAUCGCAAGUAUUAGCACCAAGAAACCGGACAACAAACAAAUGAAAAUCAUAACAAAUCCCCAAUAAACAUGUUCUUGAACUCAACGAACGAACAAAAAUAAAAUGUGAAUUAUCAAAUCGAGUGCGAUUCUUUUAAUUGAGUGAAUAGCCCAGAAUAUUUACCAACGUGAGAUGAGAUGGGGGUUUCUGUUUGUGCCUCUCCUCUGAUUAUCUCCCGCGACUGCAAUGAAAUGUAGCGACAUAUGAGAGACAAUAUAAACAAGAAAAUACAAUCGCCAGGCCCCCAAAACAAAGAGAUUAAUACAAGGUUCAGAAAGGUUUUCGUUAUAUUUCAUUAUAAACUUUAAGGUGCAAACUCAUACUUUGGGUUUUCUUUUAGUGUCUUCUGAUUGUGAAAAAAAAAAUUCUAAAUUGUUAAGACAUUUGAGACCUAAACAUUCAUAUACGUUAAAAUAUUUAUGCCGUAAGACGAAGAAUAUAGUUAAAGCAAAACAACAAGGAAACCAUCCAUUCAAAUUCAAAGAAGAUAGAGAACAGGAUAUAGGGAUGGGAUUGAUAAAUUGUGAUUUAAUAGAAUUUCUAUCUAAAAUAUAAACUAUAAUUCUAAAAGCUUGUCAAAAUUAUCCAUUUAGAAUAAAAUCGAUCUCUCUGGAACGAAAUCUGUGCUACCUAUACCAACUAAACAGAAAUCUGUGAGAUAGAAAUAAAAAGUGAUUGGAUUUAUCAUUUGGAUUUAAGUGAUGGCCGAGGAAGGAAAAGUGCAGGAAUACGAUCAUCGCAUUCUCAGUGAUUGGUCGAACGUUAACAGCACGAAUGGAACCAUGCACCUUUCCGAGGAUAUGGUAUUCAACGAUGGCCACCGCUUGUCCAUCACAGUAUACAGCAUACUGUUUGUGAUCUCAACAAUUGGCAACUGCACCGUGCUCUAUCUGCUGACCAAGCGGCGACUGCGGGGUCCCUUGCGGAUUGAUAUCAUGCUAAUGCAUCUGGCCAUCGCCGAUCUAAUGGUGACGUUCCUCCUGAUGCCAAUGGAGAUCGUGUGGGCCUGGACGGUGCAGUGGCUCUCCACCGAUCUGAUGUGCCGCCUCAUGAGCUUCUUCCGCGUCUUCGGCCUGUACUUGUCCAGCAACGUGAUGGUCUGCAUAUCGCUCGACAGGUACUAUGCCAUACUGAAGCCUCUGCAGCGUUCCUAUAACCGCGGACGUGUCAUGUUGGUUUGCGCCUGGCUGGGAUCUGUGGUUUGCAGCAUUCCGCAGGCCUUUCUGUUCCAUUUGGAGGAGCAUCCCAAGGUUAAGGGCUACUUUCAGUGCGUCAUAUUCCAUUCUUUCAAGAGCGAGUUCGACGAUAAGCUAUAUCAGAUCGCCUCCAUGUGCGGGAUGUAUGCCUUUCCCCUGAUUGUCUUCAUCUACUGCUACGGUGCCAUAUAUCUGGAGAUCUACCGGAAGAGCCAACGGGUGCUUAAGGAUGUGAUUGCUGAGCGAUUCAGGCGCUCCAACGACGAUGUUCUCAGCAGGGCCAAAAAGCGCACGCUCAAGAUGACGAUCUCGAUUGUGAUCGUAUUUAUAGUCUGCUGGACUCCCUACUACACCAUUUGCAUCUGGUACUGGCUGGACAAGCCCUCGGUGGAGAAGGUCAAUCCGUUGGUUCGCAAAGCGCUCUUGAUAUUCGCCUCAACGAACUCCUGCAUGAAUCCUUUGGUCUACGGCCUAUAUAACAUACGCGGGAGAAUGAACAAUAACAAUCCGUCCGUAAACAACCGCCACACAUCGCUAUCGAAUCGCCUGGACUCGUCCAAUCAGCUCAUGCAGAAGCAGCUGACGAACAACUCGCUGAUCAACAGCGGUCAUGGCCAAGUAAUGGCUGCAGCCGUGGCUGCCACCACAAAGUUGGCCCAUGUUGUGGGUCUAAAGAGCGCCGCCAAUUCGAACGGAUCUGCUGCAGCGGUGGGAAUAGUGGUGACUCUCCCACCAUCCCCAAUGAUUGUGGCUACUGCACCAGUGGCCAGCGAUGACGAGACCAACGACAAUUCCAGCCUCAGUGUGGUCACCAUCAGGUGCCAGGAGCAGCCCAUGUUCUGCCAGAAGUAAUUUCGCUGUGGCGACUCCAUCGAAAUGACCAGUGUGGUUAAGUAAACAAUAGCCAAUAGGGCUCCGAGAGCAACUGGAUCAAUUAAGCGAUCUGCUACUGUUCAUCUGGAGAUGUCGGCUUGGAACAAAGGGCGUCUAAUUUGCUAACCAGCUUUGUUUGGGAUUUUCAUCAUAAAUUCUUUUGGCAUUUGCAUUUAGCUAACGACAAAUUAAAAUGUUUUCAAGACAACGAACGCGGCGCCCGGGUCAGAUCAAAAUUCCGAAUCCAAAUGGCUUUGGUUUAGGCCAUCGAAUGUUUGGAAAACAAAGUUAUUGCUUAGGAAAUACGCUUAAGACGUAAUACCGCUUACUAUUAGAUAUACUCCGGUUAGUUGGAUUAUUGCUUAAUUUAAAAUAAUUUAUUCAUAGCAACAAAAUGAAA